AUGGCUCCUGAGAAACCUGUACCGUCGUCGUCAUCGUCGUCAUCGUCUCCAGGAGGAGAAACAGAUUCGAGUCUAAGUCGUCUCGCGGGAAGACUACAGGGUGCCAUCACAAAGACCGUAACCACAAGUGGCAGAGCGAUUGACAGAUUCCUCCCGCCCCAGAGACGAGAACGAUGGAAGGACGCGAUCGUCGCCUUCGCGUCGAAAAGGCCAUAUCUCGCGGGCUUCCUGGCUCUGCAGAUCGUGAUGAACGGCGUCCCCCUGGUUCUAUUCGCAUGUACAACAGUUUCGAUCUUCAUUUUCUCCCUUUUGACCGGGAUCCUGGUCGGGAUUCUGGGCGGACUUCUCUUCGUCGUGCCGGCGAUCGGGCUCGGCCUACUCCUCCUCAUGCCGUUGUUGUUCUUCACGACGGCCGCAGCGGUGUGUGUCUGGAUCUGGGCCGUGGCCGCGUACGCGACCGUAAACUGGCUCGGUAGUGGUCGGAGAGAGGACACCGCAGCGCCGCCGCAAAGUGGUGGCACUACAAAGACGGUCGGUGCGAAUGGUGCGAACGGUGCGACACCCCCGACUCGGCAGGGAGCAUUGGGCCAGCCGAACCCCGUACCAACAACAGCUGUAGGUGGAGGGAAUGGUUCGGGUCUACAGCCAUCACCUGAGAUGAAUGGAGGAGGGCGCCACGCCGAACAGCCGGCGACGACGUCACCACCACCACCCCCAACUUCACAGUUGCGCCGAGGAGAGGUGCAGCAGUUGCACGCGGUCGAUUCGCCGUCAACAAAGCAACCAGACCUCGACACAUCGAUGCUAGGAGUACAGCCGGACUCAAGCUCUGAGGGAACUCAAAGCCAUGGUCACACGCCUAGUAAUAGCAACAGCAGUACCAGCACCAGCAGCAACGGCAGUAAUGGCAACAGUGGCGCUAUCGACGGUGUAUAG